CCUACCAUGGUCACCGACAGAGCAGCGCAAACGGCUCAGCCAAGUUCUGGGCCAAAUCGCGACAUGCCAUGGGCGUGAGCAGCUUUGGCCGUUUCAGUGGCCAUGAUCCAACACGAGCUUGAGGACUGCAGCGAGCUAGAUGAGUUUGGGUGGGAUCCUAUGGUGGACGACUACUUGGAAUCUUUGGUAGAAGAGGCCGACCAUACGGAGGAAGGCAAAGUUGACUGGGGGUUGAUUUCCUUGCAAUUUCUCGACACACUGGAUCCAACGCAAGAUCAGAUGGAAGCAGCUUUGGAGCGCUUCUCUCCCGAAAGCUUGCGAGAGCGAUGGUGGUAUUUGCGAAGCAGGCUGGCCAUGCCUCACCAGAAGGCGACGAGUUCGGUUGCGCAGGAACCAGCGCGAGAUCGGGUGUUGGAAGCAAUGCAAAAUUUUCUGUUUGGAUUGCCCAAACCUCGCAUGAACCCAGAAUCACGGGAAACUGCUCUUGAGCCAGGCGCCGAGGCUGAACAGGCGUUUGCAGUUCCUACUGGCCCGGGUGAAGCGGCACCACCACAUGCUUCAGAUGCAGAAGACAUAUACACGAAGCAAUCCAUCAAGGAACCUGCUGGCGCAGGCGAGCAUUCGGCCUAUGGCACAGAUGCCGCCCUCCGCAGAUGCCUGGAGGUUUCUUCUACGCGUUCGGCGAGCUAGGGCCAGUUUGCUGACUCUUUGAUUGUUUAAAUUAAUUGACUCAGGAGCUACGGUGGCAUGGCGAAGCUUUGUGCCAGUGUGCAGCAGGCGCGUGUGCCAGCGCUCGAUUUCGAAACUCAACUGAUGCUACCCGACCUGAGGCGCUAAUGCGCAAGAGCUUUGUGCAGAGGCCAGCGCCAGACGGAAGGUGUCGUUCCACCGAGCGCGCUGCGCAUAGCAUGCCAUUGCCUGCCUAUCUUUAGUGAUUUGGCAACUUUGGUUCCAACUGAACAAUCGUAAAAGAAGUGUUGCAGGAUCUAGUGUGGAGAAAGAAAAGCGCCUUGGCGCCAACCCCGGUGAUCUUGGUAUACAAAAGAUGCUGUUUUGGGGUUGCAAGCUUUGUUGUGUUGCGCGCGCAGGAAUUGUUUUGGAGCCUCGGCUGCGAGCAUAAGAAAGACCGUGCUCCAUGAUCACGUCGCUUUCCUUCCCUUGUCUUGUUAGUUGUGAGUUCCAUGUCCAUACGCUUUGUAGGGCUAUUGACCAAAGCCCUUUGGGCUUAAGAAUAUACAUCGAGGCAGUGCGCACGC